AGGGCUGGAAAUCAAUAAAAACCACCAUUGCAAGGUGCAAGGGUACGUUACUAAAAGAACAAAGUACUUAUUUGCAGUUUGGUCAAAUGACGACUCUCCGCUCAAAACGGACUACAUCGAUAGAGAUGAUACAUUUGGAAGGAGAAAAUGAAAGUAAAACUUACAUCAUUUUAAACAGACCGUUUGUUGCCAGAAUAAGUAGAUCCCCUCUAUCCUCGAGAAGCUGAACAAAAGAUGCUCUCAUGCAAUAGGUCUGACUCCGAAGUUGAAUACCAGUCGCAGCCGGGGCGCUCAGCAGUAACCGAGGUUACGAAAAACGUGCAGCCGAAGAAAAAGGCAUCGAAGCGCAAAACUUCUGGGAGCGGCACCACGCCUUCGGAAUCAACAUCGAGUAAAUACAAACAUCAUAGCUCGGACCUCUUCGGCUUAGAGAACGGCGAGCUUCUCCCAGCGACAUCGUGCGGGGACCUUGGAUCGUCACUCGUGAGCCGCGUCGCCAACGGGAAAGUACGGCGGACAGCUGACCUAACGGGGGACUUCUAUGUAGAGGUGAAGGUCUAUCAUAAGGCUGAAGCCGCUUCCACUCCUAGAGAGGAUCGAUGGAAGAAGGCGUCGGUUGCACUGAAAGUGCAAAUUAAUAGAGACUCCUCGCCGUGGGAGGCCUUGCAAAUAUUCAUGAGACGGACUCAUGAGCUAUUUGAUAACUCGGAGCUCAUCUUUUAUAGUGAUAAUCAAAUCAAGAUGGACAUUUAAGAAACCAAUUUUAAAAAACCCUCAACAAAAAACAACCGAAAAAUGGUCAAGCAGCAGUCAAAGUAAAAAAAAUAUGAAUGUAACGGAACGUCAUAGACAUGAUGACAUUUGAUUUGAUUUUGACAUUUGAUAAAAAAUGGGAAGAAUGUGAAGUGAGGUUAAAUUUAAUAACCCCAGUUUUUACAAGUAUCAUUUGUAAUGUAAAACCUUGAAGUAAAGGCAUUAAAUGUUGUUUUUUUGUUCUUUCAGAAAAACGCAGUUUCUUUUACUUCUACACUGGGGUACAUACAAUUCACUAUUUAUAAAACAACAUUUACGGCAACGAAUUCAGAAUAGAGAAAUUAAGAUUUGAUUUUGCUGUAAAGACUGCGCCAGACGGAAAAUCAAAUGUGAUUUGCAUAACCUCAAUAGGUACAAUUGAUGGGCAGACUUUUGCAAUACCUACCGAAUAUCAACCGUCAAGUUUACAUCCAGUGAUUACAAAUACUUCAAACUAUGCGAAGGUAAGAAAAACCUUAAAUAAGAGGCACCAAACAAGGAAGGUUUGGAUCACUUUAACGGAUGAGAUAUCGAAGACAUAUUUGGAUGAAACACAAAACCUACAAUUUAACGAUUAUUAUCUGGAAGAAAUUACAGAAGACACAGAUGUUAAAAUAAAUUAAGCCCUACAACCGAAAAUGGCCCCUAAAUCAAAAAAAGAAGAAAAAGAAGCUCUGUUUAGAAGAAGGCUGGCUCAAAAAUGUGCAAAAGACGGCGGUAUAUUGAAAUAAAAACGACCCAGAAUUACUAGAAAUAGAAAGAAGAAAGCGAAGAGAACGAUAUCUACAACAAAAAGAAAAAUCGUCUCGCGAACAAAGAGAACAAAGAAAAAAGUGGAGAGAAAA